UUGCUUUUGACACUUGCGUAUUCUUCUGUCAAAUGUAACCUCGAAAAUUCAAAAAAAGCAAAUUUUUAGUUUCUCGUUAUGCCAAUCUAAACAAAAAGUGCCCCUUGUUGACAAUAAAUUCUAGUUUACUUUUUAAUUUCCGCCAUGAAUCUUCUAGAUACCGUUUUGUGCACAUCAGACGCCCAAGAAUACUCGCACCUCUUCAAGCAAUUCGGAAUUGAUGCCUUCACUUUAAAAAUCCUAUGUGACGAUGAUUUGAAACUUAUGGGUAUCAAAGAAGUAGAGAAGAGGAUUUCCAUUUUAACUCAUGCCGCAAACUUGCAGAUUCCAGCCGAGAAGCACGUGGACAUCUUGAUUGAUCAAACAUACGUAUUGUCAGUGUUGGCGCAGACUUCUGUUCAUCUCACGAAGCACCUAGCGGCUUUGUCUAUUGCUGUUAGUAGGCAGGAUGUGAUUGUCUGUGAUGUGAGGUUGUCUCCAGCGACGAAAUGUUUAGAAAAUAGUGUGAAAUCCCUAGGGACGCAGCUAGAGGAAUUUGAGGAAAAAAUGUUGACCAAACAGAUGAAGCGGCGUAAUUAUAAAUGUAUAGUUGUUUCUGGCAUAUUAAUAGCGUGUGUGGGAUUAAUAUCGCUGAAAGUGUGUCAAUACGUGUGUCGAGGCAUUAAAAUAACCCGUUAGUUUGUACGAAAGUGAAUUAAUUAAACCAUGUAAUUAACUGAUUUUAAAUUUGCCGCUCUUUUUACCUCGGCAGAAAGCCAACCAAACCACCAGCCCAAAAACACAAGAAAAUGAUAGAUCAAAAACAAAUAUUGUUAUGAUAAAUUGAGAAAUUGUGUGUUGUACGUAAAUUAAGCCGUAAGCAGAUGACUCUGUGACAUUUAUUAGUCAAGAAUUACUUAAGUAGAAUAAAAAAAAUUCCAACAUACUUUGAGUGACGUGGAUGUGUUUUGUGAGGUUAUGUCCCUGAAGAUUUAAAUUUAAAAUUUACGAAAUAUCGCUGUUUAGAAGUAGUCGAAAAUGUUCGAGGUUUCGGAUACGCAGAAAAUCGGCGUUGGCCUGGCUGGCUUCGGAGUGUUUUUCCUCUUUUUGGGGGUGAUACUACUGUUUGAUAAGAGCCUUUUGGCUUUAGGCAAUAUAUUAUUUAUAGCCGGUCUGGCGUGUGUAAUAGGGUUAGAACGAACAUUUAGAUUUUUUUUCCAAAGGCACAAAAUAAAAGCGUCGAUCGCCUUCUUCGGCGGCAUUAUCAUAGUGCUCGUUGGGUGGCCUUUGGUGGGAAUGCUAUUCGAAACAUAUGGAUUCGUGUUAUUAUUUAGUGGUUUUUUCCCAGUAGCCAUAAACUUUCUCCGAAGGGUGCCAGUAUUAGGAACCGUAUUAAAUCUCCCAGGACUUUCCAAAUUAGUUGAUAAACUGGCUGGAGACUCCAACAGGACAACAGUGUGAUGUGAAAUAAACUAAUCAUUUGUUGACAGUUGCAAUGUUGAUUAUGGUGGUUGAUGAAAAACACAAAUUACAAUAAAUGUAUUUAUUUUUAGUUGUGGAUUGAGUGUACAGGUUUAUUAAAGUCCGUUUUUGCAAUAUGUACAAAGCCGUUUUGCCCUCAAAUAAAUGUUGAAGAAUUUUUUAAAAA